AUGCCUAUCCCAUAUCAAGUCGCAUUCAAGCCAUUGACCAAACCCGAAGUGGGUGUCAAUGGCUACGUUGAGCCAUCUCCAGGAGAGUCGGAGGUACUCCACAAAGGUUCUGCACCAUUCAAUGCCAGAAAAUUGGAAUCCGACAUUCGCAUUGACCACGAUGUCGCGAUCACCGUUCGAGAUGGCUGUCGACUCUACGCCGAUAUCUACAGACCGACGAGCAACGAAAAAGUGCCUGUGAUUAUCUCAUGGUCCCCCUAUGGCAAGAAGUACUCCGCUCUUGAGAUGAUUUUCAAUGUCUGCACUUGGAAGUGUUGUCUGGAGCGCGGUGAUGUGAGUGGAUUGGAGAAGUUCGAGGGCCUCGACCCAGCUUGGUGGGUAGCGCGAGGCUACGCUAUUGCCAGUGUCGAUGCACGUGGAGCCGGGAACAGCGAUGGCGACACGUCCUGUAUGGGGAUGCAAGAAGCCGAAGAUGCUCACGACGUGAUAGAAGGUCUCGCAAAACUGGCGUGGUGCAAUGGCAAUGUCGGCAUGGCGGGUAAUUCAUAUCUCGCAAUCAUGCAAUGGCACGCAGCUGCUCAAAACCCCCCAUCACUCAAAGCUAUUGCCCCCUGGGAGGGUUCUGGAGACAUUUUCCGAGAGCAAUUCUGUCGAGGUGGGUGGUUCAGCAUGAGCAAUUAUGAUCUGAUCACCACGCUGGUCAUCAAGGGAAAUUCCGGGGUUGAGGACAUUGCGGAGAUGUAUCGUCGGAGUCCGCAAUGCAAUAUUUACUGGAGCGAUAAGCGGGUGGAUAUGACAAAGAUCAACAUUCCAUGCUUCAUUACAGGAUCCGACUUCAGCCAAAUUCAUACGAUGGGUGCCAUUCGAGGAUGGAUGGAGGUGAACACGGACAAAAAGUGGAUCAAAUGGAGUGGCUACCAAGAGUGGUUCGAGCUCUACGCGGUGCCCGAGAGCUAUCUAGAACUCAAGGAAUUCUUCGAUAAAUAUCUGAAGGGGAUUGAUAACGAUUGGGAAAAGACGCCCAAAGUACGCUGGACAACUCUGCCUUUUGGAGACAAGGACGUCACCAGCGACAUCGUCCUCCCAGAUUUCCCUGUACCAAACACCGACUAUCGCACCCUAUAUCUUUCCUCAGGCGGUAGUCUCUCUCCAGAGCUUCCGUCCCAAGGUGGUACCGCCGUGCACAACUCAGAAGACCGCUGGUCUAUCUCAAAGUUCAAGUAUACCUUUACCCAGCCGAGUCGACUCCUUGGCCUCCCCAAGAUAGAGCUCUUCAUGAGCUGUAUGGAGUUGGAUGACAUGGUUGUUUUUGUGCAGCUGCGUAAGCUCAGCAAGGGAGGCAAAGAGCUCGGGCAGCUACAAUUUCCCUUCAAUCGUGCCCCUGUCAAUUCCAUGGACGAAAUUGCGGAGAAAGACAAAGUAAGCUUGACCACCCACCAUGGCUCUAUCGGCAUUCUACGCGCUUCGCAGCGAAAGAUCGACUCGAAUCGAUCCAUUCACCCCCAGUUCCCAUUCCACCCUCAUGAUGAAGUCCAAAAGGUACCGAAAGGAGAAGUGGUCAAGUUAGAAAUUGGUAUCUGGGCCAUGGGAGUCGAUUACGAGGAGGGUGAGAGUCUUCAAGUGGAUAUUUUGGGCCAAUACCCUGGUUUCACUGAGGUUGCGGCCUUUUCUAAGCCUAGACCUGAUCACGAGAUGAACAAGGGAGAUCACACUAUUCACUUUGGUGGAGAGUACCCCAGUCGAGUCAUUCUUCCGUUCGUGUCACGAUAG